AUGGACUCCUUUCCGUCUCUAGGUCUAGCAGCAGAGGAGACUCUACUCGGAUCUGGGGAAAAUGUUGGAAAACGAGACGAAACAACACCACUUCUCGUCCAUUGCACAGAUAUGACGAAACCCGAGACGAAAUGGGAACCUGGUCCUGGAUUUAUUGGGAUAGAGAUCGCCAUCUUCGCGAAUGUAUUCCUCUCUGGCUUUGAUGGAACGAUCACCGCCUCAACCUACGCCGUAAUCGGGUCCGAAUUCAACGCUGUAAACACGAUAUCAUGGCUAACGACAUCAUACCUGAUCACCAGCACCGCAUUUCAACCCCUCUACGGUCGAUUCUCCGAUAUAUUAGGCCGUCGGACAUGCUUCUUCACAGCGACAGUGACGUUUCUGCUGGGAUGCUUGGGAUGCGCCUUUGCACCAGAUAUAAUCACAUUGAACUUGAUGAGAGCUCUUACGGGACUUGGGGGAGGCGGACUUAUGACGAUGGCUACAAUCAUCAACUCCGACAUGAUCCCAUUCCAGGAACGAGGAAUGUAUCAGGCAUGUCAGAAUGUGUUGCACGGGUUUGGUUCGAUCUGUGGAGCAUCGCUUGGAGGACUGAUUGCGGACCACAUCGGCUGGCGUUGGUGUUUUCUGUGUCAGGUGCCUAUUUCGCUAUUCGCGUUCGGUGUUGGGCAUUUUGUCAUCAAGAAUGACGAGACCAAGAUCACGACUGAUGAGGAAGACCCGGAUUUUGUAAAACCGGCGUCGAAAUGGGAACAGAUCGAUCUGAUCGGAGCAAUCUUGCUAGUCCUUGGUCUAUCUGCUCAACUAGCGGCCAUGAGUAUGGGCGGAAACAACUAUCCGUGGAGCGAUAUCCGAGUCAUCGUGGCCAUGAUCUUGAGUCUGGCCUUACUUGUGGUCUUUGUGCUAGUUGAGAUAAGGACAAAAGCCGUCCCAGUAAUGCCAAUGUCAAUGUUACGAGGGACACUGGUCGUCUCCAAUCUGAUCAGCAACGUGAGUGUCGGAAUGGCAGCGUAUUCGUUUUUAUUCAUUAUCCCUCUUUUCUUCCAAGUCGUACUUCAGGACAAUCCCUCUGAAGCCGGUAUGCGUCUUGUGAUACCCUCUCUCGCCACUCCAGCGGGUGGUCUUGUCUCCGGUAUCAUCAUGUCGAGAUGGGGCCGUCUCAGUGAACUUGUCCGAACCGGCUGCCUCUUAAUGACGGUUGGCAAUGGUCUUGUGGCGUCACUGAAGAAUCAAGAUGCGUCUUGGAAAUACCUUGUCUAUCUUUUUCCAGCAAAUUUUGGUCAAGGCAUGUCGUAUCCAGCUAUUCUCUUUACAUUUUUGGCGGCUUUCGACCACAGCCAGCAAGCUGUCUCUACAUCAAUGGUCUACCUGUUCCGAUCUAUGGGGACAGUUUGGGGAGUUGCCGCAUCUUCGACUCUGCUACAAAACAUUCUUGCAAAGCAACUUCCAUCAGCAUUGUCAGGGACUCCAAACAAAGAUCAACUCAUCGAUAAGAUUCGUCACUCUGUCACAGUCCUCCAGACUCUACCACCAGAAGUCCAGUCGGCAGCACGACAUGUUUACUAUGACGCCCUACAAUAUGCUUUCAUUGCCAAUACUGUUGUUGCAGCGAUUGGAUUGGGAUCAGCAUUCUUUGCUCGCGGGAAGAGUUUGAAUCGUGGCUCAACUUCUCCUUGA